AUGGAGUUUCCAUCUACGCAGCAGGAUUGGCUGGAAGUAGCAAAUGGAUUUGAACAAAAAUGGCAAUUUAUAAACUGUGGAGGAGCUCUGGAUGGCAAGCAUAUUCGUAUUGUACCUCCUCCUCAUUCAGGAGCACAAUACUAUAACUAUAAAAAUUUUUAUAGUAUCAUUUUAAUGGCUCUCGUCAAUGCUGACUACGAAUUUAUUUUUGUCGAUGUAGGCAAAAAUGGAAGAUUAUCUGAUGGAGGAGUAAUUGAAAGCACCAAAUUUUAUCAUAAGUUAAUUCAUGGCCAGUUACAUCUGCCAAAUAACACAGACACAGAAAAUAAUUUCAAUUUUGUAUUUUUGGGCGAUGAAGCAUUUUCUUUACAUGAAAACUUUUUAAAACCGUAUCCUCAAAGAGAUCUUUCUUAUAGUAAAAGAAUUUUUAACUAUAGACUAUCACGAGCGAGAAAUGUUUCGGAAAAUGCAUUUGGCCUGAUAGCGGCAAGGUUUAGAAUUCUGCAUACACCAAUACAUAUGAAGAACCCGGAAAACAUCUGUUACGUUGUACUUGCUAUUUGUUCUCUUCACAAUUUUCUUAGGAAGCGUGAUACUUCUUAUACAACAUCAACAUCAUUUGAUCAAGAAAAUCUGAUAACUAAAGAGUUACAGGCGGGUGAUUGGAGAAAAAAUGCCGUUAAUAUGACAAAAUUAGAAAGUCGUAACAAAAAAGUAGCUACCAUAGCUGCGAAAACUAAUCGAGAUAAUUAUACAAGUUAUUUCAAUUCAGAUGGAAAAGUUGAUUGGCAGGAUGAAAUGUUGGCCAAAGGAAAAGCUUAA